AUGGCUGCCAUACACUUCGAUUCUCAGGUUGAUCCCUGGUAUCUCAACUAUCAACAAGGAAGUUUUAAUAAAUUGUCCCAAACAAGCACAUUAGAAGACUAUUAUGAUAAAUGGGAACAUUAUAAGAGCUACACGGUAGCUAACAAUCCAGCUCUUCAUGAGAGUUUUUAUACACUGAGUUUCAUUAGAGGGUUGAAUAAGGAAAUACGUAUUGUUGUGAAAAUGUUUAAACCAGCUGAUACUUCCACAGCUUUUUAUCUGGCUAGAUUACAGCAAGCUUCACUACAUCCACAACCUAAACCAUUCAAAUCAUUCCCUAGACCAUUUACACCUACACUGUUAUCUGUUUCACACCCUCCCUCUACUAUCAAACCAUUUUUCUCUUCUCCUUCUACAUCCUUCAAAUGCACAGGUACUUCACCACCACCUAUUGUAACACACCCACUCACCCCAACAAAACAUUCACCAGAUUCCACUCUUCCUCCUGUGAAACGAUUAACCCAUACUCAAAUGCAAGUUCGCAAGGACAAAGGGUUGUGCUAUAAUUCUGACGAAUUCUAUAGACAUGGUCAUAAAUGCAAAACUCAACAGUUGUUCAUGUUGAUUGCUGAUGAUGAACAAGAUGAGCAAGGAGACUUGUACAAUGAUGAAGUUAGUGAUGCAUCUCAUUCGGGUGGAGACUCCCCAAUUGAGAUUUCCUUACAUGCCUUAACAUGGACCACUACUCAUGAGACAAUCAAGAUAUAUGGUCAUCUUAACAAGCAUCAUGUGACUGUUCUUAUUGAUACAGGCAGUACACAUAGCUUUAUUGAUGCAACAUUGAUUUCGAAGUUGGGUCUACAUGUAUCUCCUACUGGACACAUGCUGGUUACAGUUGCAAAUGGGGAUAACACAAUAAGUCAAGGCAUCUGUCACAACCUCACUUGGGAGAUGCAAGGCUAUCAAUUUUCAGCUAACUUACGGGCCUUACCUUUAGGUGGAUGUGACAUUGUAUUGGGAGAUGACUGGCUUCGCCAACUUGGUGAUGUUCUUUUCAACUUUGCUCUCUUGUGCAUUUCCUUUCUUCACCAGGGCAAGCCAACUGGCCUUCCUCCAUCUAGACCCCUUGAUCAUAAAAUACCUCUCAAAACUGGCUCAAAACCUACUUCUCAACGGCCUUAUAAAUGCCCCUACAUUCAUAAGUCUUUAUUUGAAUCCUUAGUUUCUGAAAUGUUAUCCAAUGGUAUCAUCCAAAAGAGCCAUAGUCCAUUUGCUGCUCCUAUCCUCUUAGUCAAAAAGAAGGAUGGCACUUGGCGUUUUUGUGUUGAUUAUCGCAAACUGAAUGACAUUGCAGUUAAAGAUAAAUUCCCAAUACCACUUAUUGAGGAACUUUUAGAUGAGUUGAAUGGGUCUGUAGUAUUUUCCAAGAUUGAUCUGCGUUCAGGUUAUUAUCAAAUACGGCUUUAUGCACCUGACAUCUACAAAACUGCUUUUCGCACCCACCACGACCAUUUUGAGUUCAGGGUAAUGUCAUUUGGGCUUACUAACGCCCCUGCAACUUUCCAGACCCUCAUUAAUGAGCCACAGCUAGAAUACCUUGGUCAUAUUAUCUCUGCAAGUGGUGUUCCUGCUGACCCUGAAAAGAUUGCAACCAUGGUCAAUUGGCCAAAAACUCAAACCAUUAAACAACUCCGAUGA